AAGAGUGACGAGCCGUAAAAAAAGACGGCAGUCGUUGCCAUCUUUUUCAUACGGUGGACCGCACGGUUCCCUUUCGAAGAAACAUGCAGUUUAUUCUGGUAGUAUUAUAUGGCCUCCUUGUUAUCUCUGCGUUUGGAGACCCGAUUAGAACAAAGAGAGAGCCACCCAUAAGCUCGCAGUAUGGCGCUCCACCAGCAACGUCCUACGGAUCACCGAACGUAGGACCGUCCGAUUCUUAUGGUCCACCAGCAAAAUCUUAUGGUGCACCAUCCGAUUCAUAUGGAGCACCACCUCCGCCACCGUCGUCCUACGGUGCGCCACCAUCGUCAUCGUAUGGCGCACCAUCCGCGCCUUCCUCGUCUUACGGUGCACCAUCCGCGCCUUCGUCAUCUUAUGGCGCGCCAUCCGCACCUUCGUCGUCUUAUGGUGUACCAUCCGCACCUUCGUCAUCUUAUGGUGCGCCUUCCCAGAGUUAUGGUGCACUGUCAGGUGAUCAUGGCGGAGGAUCCUUUGGCGACGCAGGAUCCCACGGCGGUGAUUAUGGCGGAGGAUCUUUUGGUGGUGGUCAUGGCGGAGGAUCCUUUGAUGGUGGUCAUGGCGGAGGAUCUUUUGACGGUGGUCAUGGCGGAGGAUCUUUUGACGGUGGUCAUGGCGGAGGAUCCUUUGGCGGAGAUCAUGGCGGAGGAUCCUUUGGCGGCGAUCAUGGCGGAGGAUCCUUUGGCGGCGAUCAUGGCGGAGGAUCCUUUGGCGGCGAUCAUGGCGGAGGAUCCUUUGGCGGCGAUCAUGGCGGAGGAUUUGGUGGUGGUCAUGGAUCUUUUGGUGAUGAUCAUGGAUCUAUUGGAGGAGGAGGAGGAGGAGGUGGUAAUUCAUUCGGUGAUCAUCAUGGAUCGAGCGGUUACGGCGGUAGUGGAUCACUUUCCGGAUCCUACGGACCGCCUUCGGACUCUUAUGGACCACCGGCGCAUGAUCAGCCAAAAGGUGUAUGGAAAAAAAAAUUGGUAUGGAAACCAGAAUGGAAACAGAUUUGGAAAACAGAAUCUAAAAUGACUUGGAAGCAAGUUUGGAAAAAAGUGCAGGUUCCGGUUUGGAAAGAAGUUCAAGUACCUGCCUGGAAGGAAAUUAAAGUACCCGUCUGGAAGAAGAUUCAGAAACCCGUUUGGAAAGAGAUACAAGUACCAAUUUGGAAAGAAGUCCAAGUACCCGCUUGGAAAAAAGUCUGGAAACCUGUUUGGAAGGAAGUCCAGGUUCCUGUGUGGAAGGAAGUUCAAGUACCUGAUUGGAAAAAGAUUUGGGUGCCAGAAUGGAUUAAGAUCGGUAUACCAGGCGAGCAGCACGUAGGUACAGAUCAUCACGGCUGGCAAUAUACCAGCCAUAGUCUGUGGAAGAAGAAAUUGAUAUGGAAACCGGUUUGGAAGAAGAUUUGGAGAACGGAGAAGAAGCAAAUAUGGGUGAGUGAUAAGAAAUUGGAAUGGAAGGCCGAAUGGAAGCAGAUCUGGAAAACGGAGAAGAAGCAAGUCUGGGUAACGGAUAAGAAGCUGAUCUGGAAGGAGGAGUCAGUGCAAGUGUGGGUACCACAAAAGAAACAGAUCUGGGUCACUCAAAAGAAACAGGUGUGGAAAGACGAAUGGAAAAGCAAGUGGGUUCCGGUUUGGAAAGACGUGCAGGUGCCAGCUUGGAAGAAGAUCUGGAAGCCCGUCUGGGAGAAAGUAUGGGUUCCGAUUGAAUCCCACCAUGAUGAAGGUCAUCAUGGUUACAAGUAGGGGGUCGUGUCCCGCCGGCUCAAUCUUCUCUUCGCGACUAUCUUGUGAUACGCAGAGAUCGAAAGGUCGACUCGGAAAAUUAUCUGGGAAUUGUCGAUGCCAAGGAAAGUCGGUCAAACUUUAUAGUCUUGUGAUAAUGGAUUAUACUUGCCGAUAGAUACAUAUAUUUCAAGGAGAGAAGGAGAAGGGCUCCAUAGGAGGAGGCAUGUAGGACAAGGAGAAAAGUAAAGUCUACAGUUAACAAGUUAGAAAGCAUUGAAUGAUGCGCGAUGAAAUAUAAAUGAAAAUAAAUAGUAAAAAUUUUCAAUUGAUUAUCUCGAUAAUAACGCAAUGAAAUUGUAUAUUUUUUGAUUUUAUGUAAAAUAUUGCAUGAAAAAUUAGAAUAAUCAUCAAGUAAUGAUUGAAAUAUUAUUGUAGCAUAUAUAAAAAUAUUAUUUAAAAAUAUUAUCUAUCUUUGAAAAUAGCAAGGCAUAUAUACUAAUAAUCGAUUUUUAUCAAAUAAAUUUAUAGGAACACGAUUAAAUUUAAAAAAUCAGAUAUCUUAUUAAAUUAAAUUAAAUUUUAAAACAAAAACAAAUUGUCAUAAAAAAAGUUAUAUUAUCGAUUAUUUAUCGUGGAAACCUAUUUAUGCAAUUUUGAUAUAUUAUUUACAUUGGAGAAAAUAUUUAUAUCUUAAGAUAAUUAACUUUGCUUUAUUUCAGUAAUGCAAUCUCAAAUUAAAUCUGAGAAAAAAGUUACAGAAAGAAUAAUAUUUUUUUCUUGUUCACUUUUUUUCAGAGUGGAUCAUCUACAGCGAAUAGAAUAUAUAAUACUAUAUAUAUGUAUAGUAUUGUUUAACAUUUUAUGUCUAUAGACGAGGCUUUUUUAUAUGAUUACGUGCAUAUAUUAAUAUUACAUGUAAUUAAUUCGUCAAUUUGUAAAUAUUGUUUGAUUACUGGAAUGCAUGCAUGUUUUAAUAUUUUUUAUACGUUAAUAAAUAUUAUUUUUUAUGCUA